AUGAACAACAGCACCGAACUUGAACAGCGUUCUCGCUCCCACACCGUCUACAGCCAAGAAUCCUCCAAGACGCUUGCCACCCACAUGUCCGAUUCAGUUUCCAUCACGAAGGUGUCGUACGAAGAGCGGCGCGGGUCCGUCGCCUCGAGUGUACUCAGUGUGAACAAGGGUGGUGAAGGGGACACACCCGCAUCGUACACGCUGUACAGGGAGAGAUUUGUAGGAGUUGCCGGACUGAUGCUCCUCGGUAUCGUGACCGCCAUGCCGUGGCCGUGGUUUGGACCCAUAUCUACUGCCACUGCUUCCGACUUUGAUAUAUCCAUCGACGCAGUCAACUGGCUUGGCAACAUCGUUGCGAUCGUAUACAUACCCGUGUCGUUGAUGAUACCCUUAUUAAUUAGUCGGUUUGGGAUACGUCGUGUGGCUGACUUCGGCGUCAUCCUUAUGCUCAUCGGGGCGUGGGUCCGAUAUGUUGGAACAGUCUCUUCCUUGCCUCCUGGAGGCACAUACGCAUUGCUGUUCAUCGGCCAGAUCCUUGCAGCUAUCGUACAGCCCAUAUUUCAGAUCAUCGGCCCGCUAUACUCUGAGAGAUGGUUCAGCCUCCAAGGGAGGACUACUGCAACCAUGUUGAUUGGUAUAUCCAAUGCCAUUGGGGGAGGCCUAAGUCAGGUCCUCUCGCCGCUGGUCGGCACGCCCAAGCAAUCGAUCCUCGUACUAGCUGUCAUCACGUCUGCCGUCGCUCCCGCCACGUUCCUGAUCGGCGAGCGCCCGCCCACGCCACCAACCUACUCCGGCUCGCAGCCUUCCGAGUCCAUAGUUUCCCUCGUCCGUGCGAUGCUCGGCAUGAAAUGCCCCGAACGUGCAUACAUGUCUUGGCGCGAGCGUCUCGACUUCACACUCAUGAUCCUCAUCUUCGGUGCUCUCGUUGGCGCAUCCAACACAUUCUCCAUCCUCUCAGCCGAAUACCUCGAGCCCGCGGGGUACAGCGACGACCUCAUCGGGCUCAUGGGCGCCUCUCUGCUCCUCGCAGGCAUCAUCGGCGCCAUCGCGACCGCACCCCUGUUCGACCGAUACCUCACGCACCACUACGGCGUCACGCUCAAGACGCUCGUCCCGCUCGUCGCCGCCGGGUGGCUGUCUCUCGUCUGGGCGGUUAAGCCGGACAACACCGCCGCGCUGUUUGCGAUAUUUUGCGUUAUCGGUGUAGGGUCGAUGAUCAUGCUCCCGAUCGGACGCGAGCUGGGGUGUGAGCUGACGAGGAGCGCGGAUGGAAGUGCGGCGCUGCUUUGGUGUAGCGGGAGUGCGUUUGGGGUGGUUCUGAAUCUCGCCGAAGGUGCUCUCCGCGCAGGCGCGGACGCGAGCCCGCCGUAUAACAUGCGGAACGGCAUCAUUCUGCACGGUGUCGUCAUCUGUGUAUUCGGCGCGACUGUGUUCGCCCUGCAGGCAAAGCAGGUGCGCCGCCAGAUGGACGAGGCGAUGCAGCAGGGAAGGCACUCCGGCGCGGUGGAGGAGGCGUAGAGCGACAGAUUGACUAGAGCGGAG